ACACUCUGCUACACACACACACACACACACACUGAAUGGCACUUGGAGUUCUGCUGCCAGUUGCGAGCCAUGACUGCAUAUUGCCGCAUACUUCUCCUGAUAUCUGUGGUCGUGGUGUCUGUGGCCUUAUGUUGGCCCUCACGCAAGAAAAGAGGUUUACUGGAGCUGGCAGGGGCCAUCAAAUGCGCCACAGGAAGAUCUCCUUUAGCGUACGUUAUGUAUGGAUGUUAUUGUGGUCUCGGAGGUCAAGGAUGGCCCAGAGACAGGACAGACUGGUGCUGUCACAAGCACGACUGCUGUUAUGGAGAAGCGGAACUUCGUGGCUGCAGCACCAAAACAGACCAGUAUCACUGGACAUGUGAAGACAGGACAGUUGAGUGUGAUGGCCUAAAGGACAGCUGUGAAAAGCUGCUGUGCAGAUGUGACAGGGAGGCGGCCAAAUGCCUGAGAAAAGCACGCUACAACCGUAAAUAUGCCCUGUGGCCAGAUUUUCUCUGUGGCCACGAACAGCCCAUGUGCGCCAUUUACUGACUCCAUAAAUGCGUCUGCAUAUCCUGUGUGCCUUUUGCAAAUACAGGAUGUAACCAUGAUGAUACCGCUGUACCACAACACAACUUUUUAUCCA